UUAACUCUUUUGCAACACGGCUAAGCCCAACAACAAAUUUGCAAAAAAAAAAAAAAUAUAGUAAUAGAAAAAUUACAAAUUUUAGUAUUUCAUCAAUUUUAGAAAAACGUCGACACAAAUAACAUGUUGAUUAAAGUUAAAACUCUGACUGGCAAAGAGAUUGAAAUUGACAUUGAACCCACAGAUAAAGUGGAUCGCAUCAAGGAGCGUGUGGAAGAAAAGGAGGGUAUACCACCGCAGCAACAGCGUCUAAUUUUUUCCGGCAAACAAAUGAACGAUGACAAAACGGCGCAGGAUUAUAAAGUGCAAGGCGGAUCGGUUUUGCACUUGGUGCUGGCCUUGCGAGGUGGCCAACAUUAGAUAAAAUAUCAGCAAAUCUUCGCUUUACAUUUUUUCUACAUCUGGAACACUCUAGCCUAGCCCUAGCCCCUUAAUGUUACUCAAAUAAAAAACGUUAUAAAACUA